GAGGAGGAGGAGCUGCAUUCAGUAGAGCACUGAGCAUGUGUGUAUGCGUAUGUGAGUGUGUGUGUGUAGAGGGAGAGCGAGAGAGAGAGAGAGAGAGAGAGGAAAUGCUGGCAGUCCCGUUGCCUUGCAUAACAUACGCUGAGCCUCGCACACAUACGGGCUUCAUGUGAGACGGCCCCCAGUAAAAGAAAAGACGGGGACUUCCUUCACCCUCGACCCUCCGGGACGACCGCAGAAGGGAGGAGGGGAGAGCGGAAGAGACCAGAGAGGAGGAGAGGAAAGAAGAAGGGAAGAGAGAGGAGAGGAGAGGAGAGGAGAGGAGAGAGAGGAGGAAAAAGGGGGCCAAGCACCGGACAUGGAGGUGAUCUGUGGCAGCUUUAAACCUGGACAAAGGAUGGUUAACCAAGGGUAGAGUGCUUGUGCACUUGGCAGAAAGAGAGAGAGAGAGAGAGAGCGAGAGGGAGAGCAAGAGAGCUAGAGAUGUUGGCUCCACUAGAGGAAGGUACAGACAGCCAGCACUAAGCAGGAGAUGCUUCUACAGGAAGACCUUGGGGACAGCAACAAUAAUUUUCUGCUCCAACGCCUAAUCUCAUCUGUUUGUUAAAAGGAACGAAAGAGGCACAAAAAAGACAGACUGUGGAACAAUGGACUUCUUGACAGGCAAGUCUUACUUUUAAACCAAAACCAGACUAGUAGAACACAGCAACUGAGGAGCCUAAAAAUCAUGAAGUCCAACCAGGAGCGCAGUAAUGAGUGCCUGCCUCCAAAGAAAAGAGAGAUCCUGGCACUUGAGGAGCGACAGGUGCUGGUAGCAUCAACCAUGAGUGAGAGCCAGAGUGGGGAGAACCUGGCAUGGCUUGCUAGUGUAGCCAGCAUGGCCAGCAUGGCCACUGUUCCCAACCAUGUUCCAUCACGGAGUAAUACAGCCCAUGUUGACAGCCCUUCACCAUCAGCCAAGGCCCCAACUGCAGUAACAGAGUAUUUACCAGAGUCCACCUGUGCUUCCACCAGCUCUUUGUCAUCUUACAGAAACUCCACACCUAAAGGAGGUAUCUCUGGAGCUGCCACAAUAACAGCCAAUCCUGCCAUGCUCUCCUCCACCUUUGCUCAAGCUGCAGGAACCAUCCAGCACGCCCAGUUAGCACCUAACCUACAAAUUAUUGGACCCUACACAGGCUACAUCUCCUCUCAGAUAGUUCCACCUUCAGCAAGUCCAUCUCAAUCAUGUAGACCCACCCAAGAAGUCUAUGCUGCCACAAGUGUAAUCCCACAAGCUUCUAAUGAAAACUCACAGAAGCAGCAGAUGAUUUCAACCUUGCCUACCGUAGCCCACACCACCAGCCAGUGCAUCCAGGUAGAGGGUGCACCUGUUGGCUUGACAGUCACCUCCCCAACUUCCCAAGUGCCCCUUCAAUUGCAUCCCCAUUCAGCUGUCCUUGCCCCUCAUGGCCUAGCCCUUGCUCCUUCCCAAGUGCUUGUCCAUUACACUGACGGCCUUGUCACAAAACAUUCUGACUCCCAAAGCAGAGAUUUGCAGAAUGGUGUUCUGGGAGAGGUCACAGUGGUCAAACACAGCACUAGUGUGGUCAAGGGAAUCUCUAGCAAGCCAGAAAGUAAUGAGAGCCAAAGGCAGAAUCAGAACCUGGGUCUCCAGGCCCAAACUCAGGUCUUACUCCCUGCUGAGUACACCACGCAUGACAGUGCAGGAUUUCAGACAUCACUAAUGCUGGUGUCAAGCAACCACCUGGUGGCCAAUAAUAGUACUGAGCUUCAGAGCACCCUGGAUAAAGACCAAUCAUCUCUGGCUCAUGUUGAAAGAACGGGACUAUCUAUGGUAGAGCCAGUCUCCAGAGUUUCCUCUCUUACUCUCUCAUCUUCAGAUGGUCUGGCAGCAUCUCUAGCUUCAACUCUCUCCCCUCAAUCCCUCCUGCAGACAUCCCCUGGUGCCCCCGCCCAGGAACUUUCCACAAGCCUUUACUCAGCCACACAGCUGCCCAUUAUAGGCUACAUCACCAGCACAUCCGGGGGACCCCAGCAAGCGGUGGCUAGUUACCAUAGCAACCUCCCACAACAUCUAGUGAUCUCAGGCAGCCCCUCCCUCCUCAUCCCUGUGAGUGCUGGCAACAUUAACACGUCACCUGCUGAACCAGAGGUUACUCACUGCUCCAUCCCCACCAUACCCCCUGCCAAUGUACCGACUGUAGCUUCAGGCCUACCUCAGGCCUACAUCACUGCAGCCACACCCACAGUUGCAGCCUCUGUCCUCCCCAAUGGUAAAGAGAUCAAUGGACCUGAGGGUCAUCAUACAACAACUGCAAUACAGAGUUCCACCCAGGUGCAGCUGCCCGUCUUUUCAGCAGGUGUGGUGGCACCUCCACCUCCUGUGCUCACCCCAACACCCACAAGCCCUCAGAAUACACCCCUUUCUCCAUCAACAGCCUUGCCUCCAUACUUUAUGAAAGGCUCUAUCAUACAGCUGGCAGAUGGGGAGCUUAAAAGAGUGGAGGACCUGAGGACAGAGGACUUCCUUCAAAGUGCAGAAGUUAGUGGAGAACUGAAAAUUGACUCCAGCACAGUUGAGCGGAUAGACUCCAGCAGGACACCUGAUGCAGUCAUCAUACAGUUCUCAGUUGGAGAACACAAAGCACAGGUAUGUGUGGAAGUACUGGUGGAGUACCCUUUCUUUGUGUUUGGUCAGGGAUGGUCAUCCUGCUGCCCAGAUCGCACGACUCAGUUACUGGCACUGUCCUGUGCUAAGCUCUCUGUGGGUGAUGUCUGCAUCUCCCUUACCCUGAAGAGCCUGAGGAAUGGUGCACUGAGUAAAGAUCAAACCUUUAGCCCUUUGAAGAAUCACAAUAACAUUCAUCUGAAAAUAGCCAAGACCAAUGGACAGGCUGGAGAGAGGCCAAAUCUGAGGGAGGAUCAGAGGAAUGGAAAGAUUUUCAGAUCAGUUGGGGAACAGAAAUUUGAAAGCCCUGAGCUUGAGAGUCUUAACUCUGGGAAGGGUGUGAUCCUCUCAAAGAAUGGGGAGGGCAAAGCUCAUGCUGCAGUGAGCCGCAAGAGGAGGUGGUCUGCCCCAGAGAGGGGGGAGGUGGGGAGGUCACAUGAGGGUGACCUCCCUGAAACUCUACCCAAACUAUCCUUCCUCUCACAGGAGAUAAAGGUAAACAUAGAGGGAAGGUCCAGUAUGGGCUCCUGAGAUCUCUCCUGACUCCCUGAAGAGGCAAGGGUGACUGUGAUCCAGUGUUUAAAUAAUUCAAAUUAUGAAAUGACCCCCUCUAUUCAGUUACUUGUGAUGUUGGCUGGUGACAACCAUUGUCUGAAAACUAUGUGUCUUGUCCACUGGACAAACAAGAUACUCUGAUCCCUUAGUGACCCUUGCAGAGAACUUUCUUCAGACAUAAACCCAUAAAUGCAGCUGGACAAGUAUGACAGGAUUUAUUUUUGAGAUGAUUAGUUACCUUCUCAUAAUAGUUUUCUUUUUUUUAAGAUGAAUGUUACAUAAGCUAAUUUUGUGUGACAGUAUUUACAGUAUGUGUUUUUUGUAAUAAAAACAUAUAGACAUAGUUUCUGACAACUGUGUUGGGGCAUAGAUAUUGAGAGGGUCCUAAUUUUUGUUUUUCAAUAGUUGUUUUUUUAGUUAGUUCUGCCCUCAUGUAUUUUUUAAACUUAGUCUACUUUCUUGUUAAGUGUAGCAUCAUUGUUUUGAGUCUUUAUCAGUGGCUUGAAUAUAUGUGGACCAAUAGGUUGGAGUAACUGUUAAAAAUACAGGAUUUUCUGGGAUGAAUUUGGCCAAUUUGAAAUCUUCACAGCUAAAUUACUAUAUAUCUAUAUGAUUUACUUUAUAUCUAUAUCAAUAUAUAAUUUAAAAUGGUCUCAUAAUCACGUCCUGCAUAAAUAAUGAUCUUUGUGCAAUUACUGUUGAAGGAUACCAGAUUGAUUAAAGCAUUUAAUUUUAGAUCAGUGAAUUCCAUUAAUUUAACAAAAUUUCUGAUAAUUCAAGCAUUGAGAUGUAAACAAAGUCAUUAGAGUGGUUUGAUGUGGCAUGGUGCAUUGUAGAGAAACAACUUACAGCUUUCUGUGACUCUCUCCAGACGUCAAGUUCCUAUCACAACCAUAGUGAACAAUUGUGACUCUGUAAGUUUCUCUAGAAUGAAACAUUUCACAUCUAACCACUCUGAUUGAAUUUGUUUACAUCUUAAUGAUUUAAUUAUUUAAUAAUCCUGUGUAACCUUUUGUUGAAGCUCACUGAAGCUGCAUUUAACUUUUUUGGUAACCCACACGUAAGGCUGUGAACAUUUCCAGCACUUGUGGUAAAAGCUAAAACUAAACUUAAUCAAAAACAUAACUAAUGUUAAUCAUCAUUAUUUCUAUCAAACCCGAGACAAAAAUAGAAAUAUAACAUUGAGUAUUACAUAAAUACUUCGGAGUUGAAAAAGUCCUCAUGAUAUGCAAUAUUAAGAUUAUUCACAUACCUCAUAUAUGACACAAGGCUGUUUCAGAUAACCCAAUGGGAUCUGCCAUGUAUGUAAUGGACAAACAUCAAACAAACAUACUCAUGUUCAUGUAGUGGAUAUGUGCAGGCAAAUCCUCACUCAGCCCUUGAAUAUUAGCACUUUACAGAAGGCAUUGGAUGGUUAACACCCUCACCUCUGAUAUGUUGCCUAAGCAACAGACAUUUGCACAAUGUAGAGUUUUGAAUAUUGUCAGCCAUCCUGUGCAUUUCAGCACCAUUUGAAACCCAAAACACCCCAAUCACUUUAUUGCGUCACUUGUGUGAUUUCGUGCCAUUUGAAAUCCAGUUGCUCUGUCACCGUCAACCUUCAGCAUCAUCUGUAAGUGUUCUAGUAAUGAUAAAAUGCUUGUGUGGUUGUAUUUAAAACAACUGGAUUUGAUUUAUGUACACAUUCUGUAUGUAAUGCCUGUCUUAGACUUGAGGUUAGGCCUAUUCCGGAACCAUUCAUAAAAUAUAAACAGUUGUUUUUCUUUUUUGGGGGCUUUCCGUGAAGGUUUAAAUGACCUAGCAGUAGGCCUGUCACAAUCAUAAAAUCUGAAAAAGUUUCCAAAUUGGCCCAUUAGCUAUCUUAAUAAUUUUUUUUAUUAGCUCCAACCUGAUGACAAAAACAGCUAAAGGUGUUAUAGCACCAGUCAGAAGUUAGAACGUUAGUUGUUUGUUUUCUAUUAAUUUCAUACAUUUGCCUCAGCCCAAUGGAUAAAAACAUACCCAUUUCACACUCUUUUGCAACAUAAAUAUAUUAAAACUACCUCAAAAACAAUGCAAAAAGACACCUCUACAAUAAUGCUAAUUUCUGCUAGCACCACAUUUGGAUUCUAGUAGUAUGUUAGCGCUAAGCUAAGGGCAGUUCACACAAACAGUUUUUGGCUGUUCUAGAUUAAACACAGACAUUUGAAGCUUGUAAAAGACAUUUCAUGUUUCAUUUGUAGCUUAUAACAGACACAUGAACAUAUAUAUUACCUAGUAGCAGUUUUACAGUGAAGUGUGCUGUUUUACAGUUCAGUAAUGCAUCCUGAACUUCCAGAAGUCCUAUAGUUGGUCCCAUUGUAAACCCAAAUGUGAUCAGUUGAUUCUUUAAUUGAUAAAGAUUUAAACAUCAUUGUGAAAGCUAAAUGUAGAAAAUAAUUGCUGUCAGCCUUACUAGUUAUGGUACUGAUGUAAUAAUUGUGACAGGCCUACUCAGUAGCAGCUAAAGACUGAUGAUGGUGAAUUAAGGAAAAGGUGAGACAUCACACAACAUAAAAAGAACAAAGUAGUCAUUUUUCUAAUUUACGAGAAGAAAACCUGUAUGUGUAAUUUUCCUAGAGGCUUCUUAUACUGGGUCAAGCACACAAUUACCAAAAUGUUCCACAGAUACUUGACGCCAACUCAUAUUGAUGGGCAAUAUUUAAGAAGGUUUCAUUUACUUUUCAGUAAAAAAAACAGCCUAUUCGGACUCACUUUGGGUACAUUUUGUGGCACGCAGUCACAAUGUACAACACACACAACUUACAGUAAUUGAGAGUGCUAAUUAUGAGAAGAAAGCUAUACUCUGUAUACCAGAAUUUUGCUAUUUGCACAAGUAGAGAUAUUAAAGUAGGUGUGUGGAAUGUAUGUCUUUGCCUUUGGGUUCUCUCUAUCAUUGUUUUCUUCAAGUCUUUGAGAUGUUAGCGGGGUGGAAAAAGUAGAGACAACUAUACUUCAGUAAAACAUGUUUUUUCUUUUGGAAAUUAAGUACAAGUGAAGCAAAUGUCAGUUGCACACCAUGACUAUCAGAGCAAGGCCUUCGAGCCUAAGUUCGAGCCUUAAAUGUCAAACCUCUCUCAAAAAUCAAGGAUCUCUGCAAUAAUGCCAAUUUGUGAUAGCGCACCAAUUGGAUUCUAGUAUGUUAGCACUAAGCUAACAGUGAUUCACAUGAACUGUUUUUGGCUGUUCUAGAUUAAACACAGACAUUUGAAACUUAUAAAAGACAUUCCAUGUUUUAUUUAAAGUUUGUCGCAGAAAUAUUAACAUAUAUUACUAUAUAGCAGUUUUAUAGAGACUCCUGGCGUAGAGCUGCUGUUGUUUACCAUGUCAAGGAGGAGACAGGUCUCUGGUUAGAAAAUGAAUGGGAAAGCUUGUAACACUCAACAUGCAUUUGUUUAUAGGGAAAGUCCUGCCCUUCAAUAAAAAGCCAAUCAGCUUGCUGGUUAUGCCGUGAGUGGAAAAAGCCAGAAGAACAUAAAAACACAUGUUUUUGUAUAUUAUUUGAGCCAAACAUUAUAAACUAUUUGUGGGAGUUUUGUCAGAUUUUAUCAGUAAUUUCGAAUAUAUUUUUGAAGCAGUAAUCUGGCCAUUCAAAGAGAGCCUGGAGUCUGCCCAGCUGAGUUGCCAAGAUGGCUGCCGAGUAGACAGAAUGAUAAGAGCCCUGUUUCAAUUCUCUUUUUUAAUUUUCCCUCACCCCCUUCAACUCACCACUCAGUGCAGAAGGGGAGGAGGCGACAGUGAGUUGUGGAUUAACCCGCCCUUGGCUAGUCUCAGUGAGCUAAUAUGCUAGUCAUGCAAACUUUGCAAUGCUACAUAUUGUUAAGAGGUUUGAGCAUAACGUACAUAAUGUGUGUAGUUGCUUUGUUUGGCUAUAAACAUGUGGAGGAACUGUGGUGAAUGCCUUUCUUUUUGUUUUUAUUAGCCAUCUCUCCUUUAGCAUGCUAACAAGCCAGCUAGCAGAGGAAAGUGAUGAAGUAUCAGUAACCAUGUAUAACAGAUGGAGUGGUUUGCAACCAGCGUAUCGAAUGUCAUGGUUUUGAAAUGUUAAGUAGUUUAUUGCUAUAGCUUAUGAACAGCUCUGACCGCCAUUAGUUUCAGGUUUGAAAAGGGAAAUGCGUCAGGUGGCAAUGAUUUCUGGGCAAGUUCUGCUGCUGAAGUUGACACUGUAAAUUACAGUAAUGGAACAGCCUUAAAAUGGUGCUUGGGAUUCCCCCAAGGGGAAAUGAUGAGGUCAGGUGGACAAAGGCUUGUUAAUUUUUUAAAUUCAUAAUCAUGUUAGUGGAUAAUCUGACACAGCCUUCAGUUCAGCUUGUGAAUUUUAACUAAUGGCAGAGCUUGCUUGCCUGCCUAGAUACUGUGGAGAACAAACUCCUGAUUGGGUCAUUUACCGCUGGGCGUUUGGAGAAUGUAACCCUUUUGUUUCCAACCAAAAUGAAACAAUGAAAGUAUUAGAGAGUAUUAGUACAAAAUGUAAAGAGUUUAAAUUCAACAAGCAUUAUAAUUAUAUCGCAUAAAAAUUAAGAAAAAAUGGCAGACAUAUAUUUUUUUAUUUGACAGAAAUCAUUAGGCCUUCUUUGUUCACUGCUCACUUUCAAUAAUACUACAGUAUAACUCUUCCAAAACAAUACUUAAGUAUAGUAACAAAGUACAUUUUUCCUCCCCUGUUUAAUAGUCCAUUUUUGUUCAGACCAAACAUUUUCAUGUGAUUUUGAUUAGAUGAUCGCAAACGUCAUGUUACAGAAGCAAAGCGUGAUUGCACAUUUAGCUGUCUAGGGUGGGUUUCUAGCACUUUUAACAAUGUGUGUACGUUUCUGUGUGUGAGUGUGUGUGUGUGUGUGUGUGAAGAGAGAGAGUAAGUGGGCAGGACCAGCAGAAGUGUACGAGGGAGAGUGAUGGUCAAUCCAUAGUCAUGGGUGACCUCUUCAGAACAGUGUAAAACUAGCAUUCCUAAAUCAUGCAACUGAAUCGUUUGAUGUUGUUAUGAUGGUAAAAGGCCUGGUGCUAUGAUAUUAGAAUAGAAGCCAUCUAUAUGAAAAGUCUGUUUGGUAACAUUUUACUUGAAGCCUACAUAACACUGACAUCACGAUGCCAUACACAAGUCAUAGCAGAUCUUGUAUGCUGACAUGAGUUGUGCUGGCUGAUUAUGUAUAGUAAUAUACAUAAUAUCUAAUAUCUAUUAUAGAAGUAAUAUCUGGCAUAACAGCAUGCGUCAGCAUAUGACAUCUGCCAUAUGUUUAUGGCAUGGUUACAUCAACAUUGUGUAGCGGGGUUCAAGUGCUACUGUCUCUAACUGUCUCUAAUGUCAGUUGUCUGUGUUUGUAAACCUUUUCAUUUCGUUUUAGUUGUAUUCUGUGUGUCAACUGUAUCUAUAUGGAGAAUGUCAGGGAACAUAUUCUGGUUUUGACUUACUGCUGUAGACGUUCAUUAAAAGCAUCAGUAUAUCGUUGCUGUUGGGCCAAAAUCUUGUAUCUCCAUUUUUGUUCUUUCUCAUUUUUCAGUAUAAACUAAAAAUACCAGCUGCUCUUUGCACUCUGAGAAAGUUUAAUAAUGAAUGGACAAAAACAAAUUGUGGUCAUAUACUUCCAUUAUAAGUUAUGAAUGGUUUUUCCUUCCCCUGAAAAAUACCCAUUUGGAGAUACAAGGUUUUUGUCUGACAGUGACGAUAUGGUAAUAUCUGACUAGUCAACAGCGCCCCAGUGUAACCAGUGUAAAUCGUACACUAUGUGUCCAAAAGUUUGUAGACACCUGAUAUUCUGAGGGUAAUUAGAAGGAGUUAACAGCAACUUGGUCGCCCUACUACUACAAUUUCUAUUCUUCUGGAAAGGCUUCUCUCUAGAUGCUGUGAGAAUUUGAUUGCAUUCAGCCACAAGAGCAUUAGUGAGGUCAGGUACUGAUGUUGGAUGAUUAGUUCUGGAUCACAAACGUCACUCUAGCUCAUCUCAUAAGUACUGGAUGGUGCUCUAACACAACAGAACGGAGCUCCACUGCUCCACAAUCCAAUGCUGCGUGGACUGCAUUGGUCAUGCUGAUCUUAGGCUCAGGUGUGGCUUCUCCAGAGCAUCCUAAUCUACUGGCAGCGCUUUUCUACAGAGAUUAUUUGUAUAAUUAAACAACUGUGUGUGAAAAGUAGCCAAAUUUAAUAAUUAAAAUGGGGUGUCUGGAUACUUUUGGACAUACAGUGUAGCUUUCUUUUGUUAAUUUGUUGAGAAAUGGGUUUGCCUUGAAUGAGAUGCCUUGAAAAAGUACUACAUCAUGACAUUGAAUCAAUGUAAAUACAGUCAUUUUUACCCAGCAAGGUUCAUUUGUACAAAGACCUUCUUUUACUAAGUCACUUAUAGUAUCUAAUCAAGAGAUUCCGACUUGACGUUUCACUGCAAAUAGACUUCAGGCUCAGGUUCAGAGACUGGCCCAGUGACUGUUUGUUAUCAUAAGUGUAUUAGCCAUUCAAAGUUACAGACCAUACUGAGUUGGAAUUUGCUUUGGGGACCAGUGCAAUGCUCACUUUUGAGCGAAAACAUCGCUCCAUACUCCAAGUGUACACGGUUGAGCGUGUUAACAUAAGUAGGCCUUGGUGUUCUAUAUGUAGUCUUAUAUUUUCAGGUUUGUUUUCAUUUGAACAAGCAUGCCUCAAUGCUUCAUGACCAGAAAGAGCCUCAAGCAAUAGCGCCAUGUCACACUGAGGUGGGGGAUACACUUAAAGUUGUCCAUCAUCCUGUACUUAGACUGCCACCACCAGGAAAUGGCUCUGUUACUGCCUGGAAAAAUGAGUCAGUGGGUCACAUACAGUAUUCCACUAGCACCACCUGCUGGACAACACCUCCACUGGCCAGCUUUAACGUCUGUUAGGCCAACCAACAGGUUUCUGAGCACAGCAGUUUCAGACAGGCCUCUACACCUACCUUGCAACCUCAAACAGCAGAGGGGUUUCUUUCUCCAGGAGGAAAGAAACAAAGAACCCAACAUAAUCAAGCAUCUUUUCUGCAGUGUAACCAAUGUACCAUACUAUUACUAAUCGUGUGAGUAGUUGUACCUGUGUAAAAUAACUUUUCUCUCUUUUCAACCGCUCAUUUCCUAUAAAACCAACAAAAAGCAAAUAAGGCAGAAUCAAACCUCAGAUGUUGUUAUUGUGGCGUAUCUCUGUGAAUGAUGGAUCCGAGACUGUUCAGUGGAGUCCGUGCUCUCUUUUUUUGUUUUGCAGGUGCUUGAACAUUUUUUUAUAGAUAGAAGAAAAAUGAUUUGAUUUUCAUGACAUGUAAAGAAAUGUUGGACUCCGCUUUUAAGAAACUGUCCAAUUUAGAAAUUAUUUGUUGUACGGUACACAUUUAUUGUCUCUGUAUACUCUAAUAAAAACCUGUGCAAAUUU